AUGCCUGACCAGCGCCCAGUGCCACGCAACCGUCUCAAAACUCGCACCGGCUGCCAGCGCUGCAAACAGAGGAGAAUUAAAUGCGAUGAGACAUAUCCCCACUGCAGCCAGUGCACCCGGAGGGCCUUCGACUGUCCGGGCUAUAAGCGACCGUUGAAAUGGUCUUCCAAGUAUGAAGUCGCAUCCAGCCGCAACGCUACAAGGGGAGCCAGCUCGCCCAAUGGAACCAGUUUGACAGCGGAAACAGCAGCCGAUGCUUUUCAAAUCCCAUCGCCGUCGUCUCUUCCUCGGGUUUAUGCAAUGGCGAAUCUGGAUUGCCACAAUUCAGAUGGCCUCCAAGCUACAAGCCCAGAUGGAAGCCUCCCUGUUGAGACUCUGGCAGCUAUGGAGAGACAGGACAACUCUUCCCCUAAGAAUCAACACAAUAUCGACUCGAUCAGCACUCUUCUUGAUAUGGAAGUUCUGGGGCAAUUCAACCUCGAGCCAGAGAGCGAGACCGGGUGGCUUGAAUGGGCAGACUUGUCUCUUCCACUCUCUAUACCUCAACCCCUCGAAGACCAGGGAACGGGUAUAUCGCGGCAUUACUUCGUGCAGGUUUGUCGAAUAAACUCAUGCUUUGAUUCUGAUACGAAUUUCUUCCGCGUGGAACUGGGAAACCUCAUGGCGUCUUCUCCUCUCAUCUAUCACUGUGUUCUUUCCAUGUCUGCUGCUCAUCUUGCAGUGCUGAAAAGUAGUAUUAUACCUUCUGCCCGGGAUUAUCGAACGAAGGCGCUGUCGUAUCUACAGUCAGAUAUCUCAUCCCUCAGGGACGCAAACAAGAGACGUGGUCCGGUUCUUGAUGGAGCAGCAGAGGCCCUGCUGGGCAGUGUUCUAAUCGGCAUGACCGAUGCCUGGCAUAAUCCAUCCUUUCUCGGGACGACUCAUCUCCACGGAGCACGGGUCCUCUUCAAACGGUGGCUGUCCAACACUCAGUACGACAAGGGCCAUCUAAAUACACCCUCUCUAACCCCAUCAUCAUCGCGCCUACGCAGCUUCAUGACCGGUAUCAUGGUGUACUGGGAAGCCAUGGCGUCCUUCCUUAUAAACCAACCACUAGACGCCACGGCCUACCUUGAUGCCUUUUGCGACCAGCCUUCAUCCACGAAACUGCACCCCAACCCGUGGACAGGAAUCUGUACUCCACUGUUUGUGUAUCUUGCCAGGGCAGGGACUCUGGCACGACAGAGGUUGCUGUUUAAACAACUAUCGAUCAUGACAUCCCGCGGGGUUGCUGGCAAUCAGCUCAAGGCUGAUGUCCUCGAGUCGGCCAGGGAUACUGAGCGGGCUCUGCUUUCCUAUCAGGUCCCUAGCCAGGAUAUGGUCGAGGAUGCUGCUGAUCCGUUGACGCCUUUGGCUGACUUACAGGCGGUAGCUAGGAUCUACAGGCUUACGGGGUUGUUAGAGGUGUAUAGAAACUUCCCAGAGUUGUUGGACAGUUCUUCCAAAGGCUCUAGAGGUAUCUCUGAAAUGGAGAUACAUCGGCUGUCGUCAUCAGAGAAAAUCGCUGCUAUGGCUGUCUCAACCCUGACGCUCAUUUCUGGAAUAUCACAAACCUCGGGGGUGAACUGUCUGCUCUCAAUCCCACUUAUAGUCGCGGGCAGCACGCUACAGUCGACCUACGAUGCUCCUCGACGGCAGGCUUCAAGCAACUCCUCAUGGGACACCUUAUCCGCAGAGAUCAUAUCCAUUUCCAGUCAUGAUAGCGUCCAGCUACACUGGCGAGACUUUGUCCGAACACGCUUGGACGCCGUACGUGGAUACGUCGGGCUCGCAUCAGUUUCCAGGGCACGGGAGAUCUUGGACAAGGUAUGGGCUAGGAGCGAUAUUCAGUCUGCAGUAGGAGUGUCCAGUACUGGGGCCCCUCAGCAGUUCGUCCAGUGGACUGAGGUCAUGGUGGAGGAGAAAUUGGAGACUGUGCUCGGUUAG